AUGGAUUCCACCGCAAAACGUGAGGCGCCGGCCGCUUCCAAACGAAAAGCGGUCCCUUUGCCGACUACAGAUGCGCCAUCAAUUGAACAAGGGCGAGAACUUACGAGCAGACUGAUACCAAGUGCCUUCCUCGCCGGAACCCUCCUAGCAGCACUUUCUUUCUCCUGGCCGUUGCGAUGGGUCAUCUCCGGAGCGCCCGUAUUCGUCUACGCAAUCCUACUUGGCGAGGCGUAUGGGCAUCGCAUCCUGCCUUUUGUUCCUGUUUGGACUGUCUUCGCGACAGUAAACUUGGUGUACGCCGUAUGUGCGACUUCGUGGCUUCUGUACUGGGUAUUCUGGGCUUUUUGUUGGCCUGUACUCUUCAUUACCUGCCUCUUCCAAUUUGAAGCACCUGCUGCACUGGCACGUCGCACUUUACGAAAGACGUUCCUACGAGACCUCCAUUUUAUCAACGAUCAAGUAGCCUUUUUUGAUCUGCCCGCCCUGGAAAUCGACACCGAAGUCAAGGGACUCUUCGUAAUCCGCGGAGUUACGCUUUCGCUUUCAACAAUGACACUCGUUGCUCAUGGUGUCGAGGCUGGCAUAAAGCUGUCGGACGAUAUCGAGCUUGGCAUUCAAGUUGAUAAAGUUACGGUACCGCUGUUCCGAGAGAUAACUGUUGACGACGUCUAUGCGAAUGUGAAGGGUGGGGAUUGGGAAGUCACCUUUGGGGAUGUGCAGUAUGGUAUUCCGGAGCCAGACGACGACGAUUCCGUGGUUGUCACCAACACGGCUAUUCUCAGAGCAGCGACAAUGAAAGGGGGAGCCAAUGGCCGCCCGGCUGAUAUGGUCCGAAAUCUGACAGCUGGAAAAAAGCCAAUCGAGGCUGAAGAUACUGCAUCCGCAUUCUCGUCCGUUAAGAAAGUGUCACCAGAUGAAGAGCAGGCCCAUAAGAAGUACAAAGAGCUAGUACGCUACAUCAACGACACAAGUGCUAUUACAAAGGCGAAACAGACACUGGUAGAGGCCUCGAAAGCUCGAGCUGAGGCUGGUUCAUCCGAUGACGAAAGAGACGCCAAAGAUGCCAAGAAGUCGAAAGAAGAGCCAGGCGUCCGCUUGGACAUUGAUAACAUGGAUGACUUCCGAGCAGCAAUAUGUACCCAGAUCCAUGGACAACCAUCUAUACCUCACCCACCUACCAAAUCGAUCAGAGUCUCCACCCUUCGGAAAACAUCAUACCCAAACGUAAAGAAAUUUCUACAUCGGUUGCCUUUCCUAUACCGAUUGAUGCUGAGUCCCAUUUGCUACUUCCAUCCUGUCAAGUUCAAGUCCAUUACUGCAGCUGGGUCAGGGAAGUGGUUCACGGCCUUGAUGCGACAGUACUUUUUCAAGCACUAUUCAUCCCAAGACGCGGAGAUUCGUAGAUUGGAGGCGCGGAUAUCAGCUUGGUGCGCAGACGCCAACUUCGCUGUAGAGCUGGGCCCGAUGUCUAGCGAAGCCCACUUCCCCAUCAACACCAAUUACAAUAUUCAGACUCACUUCAAAAUCUCCGACGUCAUGGCCUACAGAAUCCUCCCAGACGCCGUCGAGCUUAAGCAAGUUGUGCGGUUAGGAGGUGCCGACGCCGUUCUCACAAUUCCAAUGUUCCUGUUUCCACACCAUGAGCACAUCUUCCCUGAGAAGAAGAGCGACUUCGACCUUUUGGAGAUGGAGUCUGCCAUCAACGAAGCCGAACCUACGCCAAAGCAAAUCCUAGCUCGGAAAGAGCUUGAAAAGCUAAAGAAAGACGAAGCGUCCAUGCAGGUUAGUGCACAUGCUCACCUGCCAGCGCAAUUCCAUCAAGAUCUUCUUAACUUCGUCGCUGCGAUCGUGAAAGCUACCAAAGUCAUCGAAUCGGACAAGGACUUUGAGGAGGCCAAAGUUCUGCGCGAACUGAAGCGUGUCAGCACUACUGAUAGCGAAGCAAGCAGUCUUGCUUCAGUCAAUACUAAUAACAGCGAAAUGUCACAGACCACGCUGAAUGGUAGUGAGGACAAGAGCUUCAAAGCAUUCCUCAAGAAGGUUGACACUGGCUUCAAGGAAGCAUCAAACAAGACUAUGGUGGGCAUGCGAAAAGCUGGCCAGAACACUGUACAUGCCAUGGCCAACGAUCGCUGGAUCGCACGGCUGGUAGGCAAAGUGACAAGGAAAUUAGAAAAGGCGCAAGGCGAACUGGGGUACAGCGGGGAAGUCCCAAUCGCUCUGGCUAAGUACCGCGAGCGACAUGAGUUUGAGCAGAAACUCCUACCCUAA